AUGGACGACGACAGCGACGACCCGCGUCAAGACGAGCUUGGCUCCUUGCAGGCUAUCUUCCCCGAGAUUCAGCCCGACGACCGGCGCCCCUACUGCUUCACAAUCGAACUACCGGUUCACCCCGCAAAGCCCGUCACCGUCACGUUCCCCGCCGCCGCCAAUGCCGAAGAUGCUGCCGCUGCCCAGCUGCUCCCGGGCGCCGAACCCCGCGUCGAUUCCCACGAGCUCUCUCACCUCCCCGCCGUCGUGGUCCGCAUCGACUUGCCUGAGGGCUACCCGUCAGAGAAGCCGCCUAACGUCAGUAUAAGCACAUCGCCACCGUGGCUUACCAGGGACGUCACAAAGAAGUUGGAGGGAGACGGCCAGCGACUAUGGGAGGAAAUGGGCCGCGAUAUGGUCGUCUUCACGUACAUUGACCAUAUCCAACAAGCGUCGGACGAUGUUUUUGGCAUGGUUGACGGGAAUGGCACUCUGGAGAUUGAUCCGUCGCACAAGAUCGCCAUCUUGGACUACGACAUAGAAGCUACUCGAGCUUCGUUUGAGAAGGAGACCUUUGAUUGCGGCAUCUGUCUAGAUCCCAAGAAAGGUUCCGUGUGCCACAAAAUGCUCGACUGCGGACACAUAUUCUGUAUCCAAUGCUUGCAGGAAUUCUACGACAAUGCCAUUACGGAGGGGGACCUGGCAACCGUCCGCUGCCUUGCUCCGAAUUGCUCCAAAGAGCGCGCCGAGGCCGGGCGGAGCUCGGGCAAGGGCAAGAAACGCAAGGUCAAAACGUCCAUCAGCCCCAGUGAACUGCUGCAGAUGGGCCUGUCCCAGGAGACGGUGACUCGUUACGUGACCCUCAAGUACAAGAAUGAGCUCGAGUCCGACAAGAACACCAUAUACUGCCCCCGAUCGUGGUGCCAGGGCGCUGCGAGAUCCAAAAAGCACAGGAAACCUGAGGGGCUGGAGGUUGUCGAUGAGAGUUCGGACGAAGACACGGAGGACGAGGAAGGCGCCGAGGGGCAAGGCGGCGCGAACGGAAAGAAGAUCAAGGCUUUCAACAGCGGAGACCUACUGGCCAUUUGCGAGGACUGCGGCUUCGCCUUUUGCAGCCGCUGCUACCAGUCAUGGCAUGGCGAGUUCUACCGCUGCAUGCCAAAACGGGAUCAGGGCGAGCUCUCGGCCGAGGAGCAGGCCUCAAUCGACUACAUCAAUCUGCACACGACGCCAUGCCCGACAUGCGGAGCCACGGCGCAGAAGAGCCACGGGUGCAACCACAUGAUUUGCUUCCGCUGCGCCUCGCACUUUUGCUAUCUAUGCUCGGCCUGGCUAGACCCCAGGAACCCAUAUGCCCACUUCAACGAACAGCCCAAUGGCAAGUUCACGUCGUGCUACAUGCGCCUUUGGGAGCUCGAAGCCGGUGAUGGCGACAAUGUCGACUAUGGCUUCGCUGGCGGUGCGCGAGAGGCGCAGAACGAGGCCCCCGAGCCCGUCGAGAUCAUCGACAUUAUCCCUGAGAUCGAGGAGCCGGACGAUAGCGAGUCAGAUACAGAGGCGGAUGAUGUCCACGGGCCACCGCCUCCUCCGGCGGGCGGUGUUGCGCGAGAGGGACCGCUCGUUCUGCGUAUCGGGGCCGACCCCGCUCCCCGCGGCGGUCGAGGGGGAGCAGCGGGAGCGGGAGCAGCCCACGGUCCUGUCCCGCCGGCCGCGCCACCGGCGCCGGUCAACCCUGCUAGACGAGGCGGCCCUCUAGUGCGAGGCGCACGUGGUGGGCGUGGAAACAGAGGCGUUGAUGCUCGUGGCGGUCGGCGGCAGAACCCGCCGAGAAACCAGGCGCACCGGGUGCCCGUCGUCAACAGGAACGGGGAGAUCGGUAUCGGCUUGGUCCAGGACGGUGAGCUCGACCCGGUGCAGGAGGCCUGGAUCAGACGCUUCGUGCAGAUGGCCCUGGACGACGAGGAAGACGACAGCGACGAGGGAUGA